CCAAACGUCACAACACAGGAAAGGGACACAAGAAAAAGGUAUAAAAAUCCUAUAAAAAGAAGAAAGAAGGAGAAGAAGAAGGAAACAGAAGAAUGAAGGAGAAGAAGAAGGAAACAGAAGAAUGAAGGAGAAGAAGUAAGAAAACAGAAAACUUAGUGAAAGAAAUGAGAAGGAGAAGAAGAAAGCAGAUAACGCAAUAAUAGAAGAAAUACGAAGAAAUCGCAAUAAAAGAAGAAAGAAGGAGAAAACUCAAUAAAAGAAGAAAGAAGAAGAAGAAAAUAGGAAACUUAGUAAAAGAAAUGAGAAGGAAGUGACACAAAUUAACAAACCAAGAAGAGACACCUGAGCAUUUAAUCUUACAGUGCCCAGGAUUUAAUUCACAAAGAAUCAAUUUAUUACAAUCACUAAAUAAAAAAAAAAAAAAAUACAAACUCCCGACUUAAACUUGUUAAUUACAGGUGUAGGUAUUAACAUUCUAAGACACACAAAAAUCUUCCUAAAGAAAACGAAACUAAUAGAAAUAAUAUAAAGAAAAGAAAUAAGGAAGAAGAAAGAAAAUAGAUCCAGGGGAUAUAGACUAGACAAUAAUAUAAAAACCUAUAAAAGCAGAAAGAAGAAGAAGAAGAAGAAACGUCACAACACAGGGAAGUGGCAAAAAAAAAAAAGUCUAAAAAUCCUAUAAAAGAAGAAAGAAGGAGAAGAAGAAGAAAACAGGAAACUUAGUUAAAGAAAUGAGAAGGAGAAGAAGAAAACAGAUAACUCAAUAAAAGAAUAGAUUAGAAGAAAUUGCAAUAAAAGAAGAGAGGAGAAAACUCAAUAAAAGAAAAAAGAAGAAAACUCAAUAAAAGAAAAAGAAAGGAAACUCAAUAAAAGAAGAAAGAAGGAAAAGACAAAAAAAAAACGAAAACUCAUUAAAGGAAGAAAGAAGGAGAAGAAGAAGAAAAUAAAACUUCAAUUUAAGAAGAAGAAGAAAACGGAAAACUCAAUAAAAGAAGAGAGAAGGAGAAGACCGAAAACUCAAUAAAAGAAGAAAGAAGAAGAAAACAGAAAACUCAAUAAAAGAAAAAAGAGGAACAAUAAGUCAGAAAUAAUUAAAAGAAGACUGCAAAAAGAGGGAAUCCAGAGCAACUCCUUCGUAUGCCAUACAUUUCAUUCGGGUGAUGAAUGAAAGAUGACUUCUGUCAGGAACAACCAUUUUCAAGAGCUUCCUCCAGAGCAGGAGCUUAUUGCACCUUUUGGAGUCUUCAGAGUGAGAGGUGGCAUUGCUUUCGGCAGGUGCUGUGAGGUGUAUGAGGGGGAAGACUGUGUAUCGGGGGGCCCUGUGGCUCUCAAGGUAUUCAGACGGCACCAAGACUACCAGGGCGCACUGCAGCGGGAGUUGAUAUUUUUGCGCGCCCUUGCUACUCCUGAUGCCCCAGUCGUGCAACACCUGGGAGAGUUGGAAUGGCAGGGCAGAGACAUCCUGGUCCAAGAGCUGCUGAAGUUCACCGCACGAGAUAUUCUGCUGUACCACGAUGACCUCCCUUGCUCCCCCUGGCUGGUGACAACGCUCGCUGCUCACGUCAUGAGAGGUUUAAUCCAUUUGCAUGACAAUGGGGUGGUUCACGCAGACCUCAAGCCGCCUAACAUCAUGUGGAGUGCGCAGGUGUGUGGCUUCAAGCUCAUCGACUUUGGGGUGAGCUUCACAACGAAAGAGAAAUUCACACACGCGGUACAAAGUAAAGGGUACCAAGCACCCGAGAGCAUCUACUGGAACAAAAAGAGAGCGGAGAUCAGCAGCUCAGACACCCCGGCUGUGGUCAGACCAGGGAUUCCAUCAGAUGUCUGGAGUGCAGGAUGCAUUGUGGCAGAGGCUAUUGUUGGCUGCCAGUUGUUCCCUAGUUUUUGUGAGACCAAUGUCAAUAAGGCCGUGAAAGCAGCACUUUCCAGCAGCGCAGCCAACUAUUCACCGCAGUUUUUGGAUGGAGCUUAUGACUUCAUAACGAGAUGUUUACAAAUCUCGCCAGGGGACCGUGCCAGCCCACGAGAGCUCUUGAGUAGUCCCUGGCUAGCCCAGGCCUACCGUCCUUCUUUCCAUGACUUGUCACUACUUCGGACCACAGUGUUGCGUGUCCUUAAUGUGGCAGAUCCCCACCAGCUUGAGGGCAUUCCUGAAGGUAAAGUUGUGGAGAAUUACUUCUUGCAGCUUUGCAAGAAGCACGGUGAUGUCAUUGACUACCACCUGGAAGUGGCGCUCGGGGCUUUCUUUGUACAGUACCACCAGGCUUCAGAUGCAGAGGAAGCAUACUAUAUCCUCUCAAAGACAAUCUUCAACGACAGAACCCUAAUUGUAACAUUUUUUGAUCUCGACUUGUGGCAACAGAGAGAGUUGUAUUGAGCUCUUAAUGAUCUCAAAGUGUAUAUAUUUUCCAUAUGUUGAUGUAUAAAGUGCAAGUUAUGAUUUGUGUAUGAGCAUUCAGAUAAGGGCAUUAUAGUAAUAAUCUCACCCAUGUAUAGUAUUUAGUCCACUGCAGUUUCCUUGAUGGUAGAGUUAGUAGUAGUUGUUUUAGAUAAUAUAGUUUGUUCCCUCCACCCCACUCUAAUAAAAAGAAAUGUGUAGAAGAGAUAGUAGGUAAUAUUUCAGUAAAUGAGUAGACAAUCUUAUAGGAUAUGAAAUGACAUCUCUUCCAUUAGAUUUGCUAAUUUAAGAUAUUGAAAUGGGACGGGAGUUGAUCCAGUUUCCAAAGGGAUUUGUGCUGUGAAAGUAAUUUAUCUUCCCUCUCGUAAUGUGGGUUUACUUUAUGAAGUUGAGUGAUUUUAUUCUGAUGCAAAAAAUCAAGGAAAAGUUUUCUAAAACAUCAUUUUUAGGCAUUCAUGAUUGUUAUUUAUCAUUUUAGGACCUGUGUGUAGUUUUGAUGUUUUUAACCCAAUGUGUGCAGGCUUUUUUGGCAGCUGUAUGGUCCACCAAAUAGGUAUAUCUGUUUGGGCCGCAUCUCAAGCUAUUGUACAAUUCUUUUUUAUUAUUUUAUUUUAUUUAUUUAUUAUUAUUUUUAUUUAUUUAUUUACUUUUUUUUUUUUUUCUUUUUGUGUGUGUGUAUGUCAGUGUUACAUUGCCUGAAGUUGUU